ACCAAAAUUUGAUAAUUGCUAACGGCCAAAAACCCUAAACCCAUCAAAGAAAAAUAGGGUGGCUGAAGGAAAUUGAUGGUAGCAAUGGAGAAUCGGAGUUUGAAUCUGUUGGACGAGGCAUUGAGUUUGGAGCAGAGGAUGGAGCCAUGGCCUCUGAGAGGGAAACUGCUUCUAAUAGAGGAUUGCGUCGAGACGAGUGGUUCCUUCGUGCUUCACCAUCUCGUCAAGCGAAUUCUCUCCCCCAACUCUUCCAAUAUUGUCAUCUUCCUCGCCUUUUCUCGUCCCUUCUCGCACUACGAUCGUAUUCUCCGCAAACUCGGUUGCAAUCUAGUUGCACAAAGGGAUAAUAGCAGAUUCUUUUUCUUAGACAUGCUUAUGCUACAGUGUCCAGAUGGAAAUGAAGAAAAAACUAGUGAAGGUGGAUUUGCUGAUUUGUAUGGAAAAAUACAAAAAAUUAUAAAUGCCCUACCAGAAAACCACAGGAACCAUGUUACCAUCAUGAUAGAUGAUGUGUCUCUUAUGGAGGUGGCUGCUUAUGGCUCUUCAGAUCAUGUCUUAGACUUCCUGCAUUAUUGUCACACUCUAACAUCAGAUGUUGGUUGUUCAUUAGUAAUACUUAACCACGAGGAUAUAUAUUCAAGCAUGGAGAGGCCUGUAUUCAUAAUGCAGAUGGAGUACCUUGCAGACAUUUUGAUAAAGACACAACCUUUAGCCACUGGUUUGGCUGCUGACGUGCAUGGUCAGUUGACAGUUCUGAACACGGGAAUUUGUAGUGGGAAUGGGAACUUAAAGAACAAGAUAAGCAAUUUACAGUUCAUGGUCAAGGAAAAUAGUGUUGAAUACUUCUAUCCUGGGAGUCGAAGUUGAGGGGCCUGCCAAAUCGCUUUUUGGAAUGACUACAAAAAGAAUAGACUCCUUAUUGACAAUUGACAGAGCUGCAAUGAAAUUUCAAAUUUAUUUCAUGUUGGAGAUGUGUCUAGCAAGGAUAAUUACAGGAGGACAGAUGAUAUCUUCCACCAAGAAAGAGAAAAAGGUAGGGGGAUUGAAUUUGAAUGGCUGGUAUAAUGAGUGGAUUUUAAAUUUAUGUUUAGGUUUUCAUUUUUGUAACCAGACUUGAAGAAUGAAAUGGCAAAAGUCAACACCAGUACAUUUGGGUAUUUGUAAUUGAUUUCAUGGUUAAUCUUCAUUUCGGAACCAUCAA